GUGCACUUUCCCCAUUUCUGAGCAGCGGAGAGGUGUGUGUGCAGCUUCUUGUGACGGCUGUUUAAUGCAGAAAAUAUAUAGUGGAUGCCAUGGAGAACAGAAUAAAAACUACAAAUGGAUAUGUGAGUUUGAGCAGCCUACAGCAAGAGUUUAUAUUGUGAAUGAGCAAACAAUGACUACCCAGCAUAAAAGUAUUCAUGAUAUCAUUCAUCAUCAUCAUCAUCAUCAAUCACCUUUAUCAUUAAUUACAGCUCCUUUACUUAUGAAUCAUUUGCCGUUCUUGCCUCCAAGACUGGAUUCUGUUGACAUGCAGUCUUCUAGAAUUCCAGGCCGAAAAAGAGGAAGACCUCCACUCCAUUCCAGCCCUAUGAAAAUGGCAGUUCAUAAUCUUUACUCUUCAUCUCCUGGUUCUCUGCCGGUUGUGAAAAUCCCAAAGAAGCGAGGGAGAAAACCUGGAUAUAAGCUGAAAUCUCGUGUUCUAAUGACUCCUUUAGCAAUCUCCCCACCAAGAAGCACCCCAGAACCUGACAUUAGUUCAAUCCCCCAGGAUGCGGCUACAAUUCCUAACUCGGCAGCACCGCAAGCCCUCACAGUCUGCCUUUAUGUCAACAAGCAAGCAAAUGUGGGGCCAUACCUUGAGCGAAAGAGAGUACAGCAACUCCCAGAUCAUUUUGGACCUGAACGACCUUCCAUGGUGCUACAGCAGGCAGUUCAGGCAUGCAUUGAUUGUGCCCACCAGCAAAAGACUGUCUUCUCACUUGUCAAGCAGGGCUACGGCGCUGAAAUGGUGUCAGUUUCUGCCUCUUUUGAAGGAAAACAGCACCUCUUGAGUCUCCCAGUUGUGAACAGUAUUGGUUACGUUUUGCGAUUCCUCAAAAAGCUUUGCCGUAACUUAUUAUGCGACAAUCUUUUCAGCAACCAGCCUUUUCCACAAUAUAAUACUUCUGAAAACCCAGAAGAGUAUGAAAAUGGACAGAUGGAAUCAGCAGAAACAGUUAUACCUGAAGAUUAUCUGGUUGAUCCACUGGCUACAAAGCAUUACAGCAUUGAUCCCUCUGAUUCAGCCUUUAAUUGCAUGGGAUCAUUGUACUCUAUGAGACAGAGUUCUGGAGAGGGACGGCACGGUGGAGGGUCAUCUUCUUCCUGCAGUCAUCGUUCUGCUCAAGUGGCUUCAGGAGGCCCAUCAACCGCUACUCUGAGGCAUCAAACAUCAAGCCCAACCAGAAACGGAACCAUUCUGGAAGGAAACAGAAAUGCCUCCAGUCCAUCUCCAGAAAGACAGGAUACCACAAGACCCACAAGCAAAAAUCCUUUGACCUGGACUGUUGAUGACGUGGUAUGGUUUGUUAAAGAUGCGGAUCCUCAUGCUUUAGGACCCCACGUGGAACUCUUCAGGAAACAUGAGAUUGAUGGCAAUGCUCUCUUGCUACUGAAAAGCGACAUGAUCAUGAAAUAUUUGGGUCUGAAGCUGGGACCAGCACUCAAACUCUGUUAUCACAUCGAUAAAUUGAAACAAGCCAAGUUCUGAUGCUUUUUUAAAAGACCAAACAAUUCCAAUAUAAAUCAAUGAAGUAGAUGAAAGGUAACAAGUUGCCUUAUGGAAAGAUAAUCCAUUUUCAAGCUGCUUCUCCUCUGUUUUGUACUGAGAACUUGGCCUUUCUAAAAAUGUUCAUCUUCACCAUUUUAAUUCAACGAAGUUGGGGGGGGGGAACUGACGUGUUUUGCUGAUUUGUGUGAAUACUUUUCCAAAAAGGUAUACAAUUAUAAUUAUUUUGUAUUAUUCAUAUUGUUAUUGUUAAUAUUAUUAUUAAGUCCUAUUUUUGUAAUCAUAAAAGAAAAAUUGUACGCCAAAAGAUCUUCCCUGCUUUUUAGAAAAGGAGAAAUUUGAAAAGCUUUAGGAAACCUUCUUCUGGGCUGUUUCACUUAAGUCCGGCCAUUGCAUCUGGUCAUGUCAGGUGACUUGCCUUAUGAAUUUGCUAUCAGAGUCAAAGCACUCGUAUAUCACCUCAAACAGAGUGGUUUUCAAUUGGAAUCAAUGAAUGCAUUUAGCUGCCAGUCAUCAAUUGUAGUCUAGCAACAUUCAUGCUUCUGCGAACAAACUCAUAAUCUAAUUCUUUUGUGUAACCACCCAUGCAUUCCUAUAACAGGAGACCCAUCUAUAUAUUGCCCAGUGACCUGGGAGGAUCACAGAAUAUUCUGGGAACAUGAAGAUAAAAAUUGUGCAUUUACUUGGAGAUACACUGUGAAUUUAAUCCCGUUUAUGUGGCAUUCAGCCUGUAAACUGACUGAACAGCUAACUGUAUGCUGUUCUCCAGGCUCUUCCUUGCUACCCUGAAUCAUAUGCUUUCCUACAUAGUCAUCAGCAUGAAGGUUUCAGUAAUGUGAUUUUGGAUAUCCAGGAGCAUAUUGGCAGCAGACUGUUUUAUAACACACGAUAAAUAUACAACAUGCCACCAGUUGAAAAUAAUGAGGAAAUCUCCCUUCUCUAGUCUGGCCCCAAAGUCUAGGACAUAAUGUAGAAACCCACAGUUUCUUUAACUCUUGGAUGCCUGGGCUCUAGAUGAAAGGUCAUGGCCAAAUAUUCGUAGUUCAUAGAACUGCUCCAUACUUUUUGAAAAUGUUAUAUGACGAUUGUUAACACUUGUAACAAAAGUCACAGAUGCUAAUUUGCUUAGUCAUUCUUUGGUGGUUAGUUGGCUUACCAAAGCUGUCCUGAAUGUGCAGAGAAGCAGGAGCAAGAGGUCACAUAUCUCCCAAAGUUUUGAAGUGAUUAACAUCUGCCUACUCCAAGCUUGAAGUAACGCAAGGGAAGUGUAUUUUUUGGCAACUUGUAAUAGAAAGAUUGCUUGUUGCUGGCCAGGAACCAUUACCGGUGACUGCUUACAAAUUUAUGGAGUGUAAUCCACUCUGAGCCAAUUUCCUACCCAACUUUGAUGUGAUUUGGUUAACUAAAAUAAUACUGCAUUUACUUAUUUGAUGCAUGCACAGUGAUCAUAGGUUGAUUAGAUAAGAGCCAGGAAACCUACAACUUUGUAUCCAAUUAACUGAACAUAUUAUGUUAUACUAUGGUAUUAUGGGAAAACUCCCAUGGUUUGCACUAUUUUGAAAACUUGAAUUAUUUCAGUAGAAACAGUAUUUCUCUCUCUUAUCUGAAGUAUCCUGUUUUGUCACGAGAGGAUUUGAUGUUAAUCAACUCCAGUCUUGAGCUGUGAUAGCA